UUCUGUAGAGGCUGCGGGAGGAGCGGCGGCGGCGGCGGCAGCGGCGGCGGCGGCGGUGGCUUCGCCUGCGCCUGCGGGUGGUAGAAAAUGGCGGAUUUUGAGGACUUGCGGAAUAUGGUUUCUAGUUUUCGGGUUUCUGAGCUACAAGUAUUGUUAGGCUUUGCUGGACGUAAUAAAAGUGGACGCAAGCAUGACCUCCUGAUGAGGGCUUUGCAUUUAUUGAAGAGUGGCUGUAGCCCAGCAGUUCAGAUAAAAAUCAGAGAACUUUAUAGACGGCGUUACCCACGCACAAUUGAAGGUCUUUCUGAUUUGUCCACAAUAAAACCUUCAGUUUUCAAUUUGGACAGUAGCUCCUCACCUGUGGAACCUGACUUGACUGUUGCUGGAAUCCACUCAUUGCCUUCUACUUCGGUCACACCUCAAUCUCCUUCCUCUCCUGUUGGUUCAGUGCUCCUCCAAGAUACUAAGCCUUCAUUUGAGAUGCAGCAGCCAUCUCCCCCAAUUCCUCCAGUCCACCCUGAUGUUCAGCUGAAAAGCCUUCCUUUCUAUGAUGUUCUUGAUGUUCUUAUCAAACCUACAAGUUUAGUUCAGAGCAGUAUUCAGAGAUUUCAAGAGAAGUUUUUUAUUUUUGCAUUGACACCUCAACAAGUAAGAGAAAUAUGCAUUUCCAGGGAUUUUUUGCCAGGUGGUAGAAGAGAUUACACUGUUCAAGUACAACUAAGAUUGUGCCUAGCAGAGACUAGCUGUCCUCAAGAGGAUAAUUAUCCUAAUAGUCUGUGCAUAAAAGUAAAUGGGAAGCUGUUUCCUUUGCCAGGAUAUGCACCACCUCCAAAAAAUGGAAUUGAACAGAAACGCCAAGGACGCCCUUUAAAUAUUACAUCUCUAGUUAGGUUAUCCUCUGCUGUGCCAAACCAGAUUUCUAUUUCCUGGGCAUCUGAAAUUGGAAAGAAUUACUCCAUGUCUGUAUAUCUUGUACGACAGCUGACAUCCGCCAUGUUGUUACAGAGAUUAAAAAUGAAAGGUAUUCGAAAUCCUGAUCAUUCCAGAGCACUAAUUAAAGAGAAGCUCACUGCAGAUCCUGACAGUGAAAUUGCUACAACCAGUCUUCGGGUGUCACUGAUGUGUCCUCUAGGAAAAAUGAGGCUUACUAUUCCAUGUCGUGCUGUGACAUGCACACACCUGCAAUGUUUUGAUGCUGCUCUUUACCUACAAAUGAAUGAAAAGAAGCCUACCUGGAUUUGUCCUGUGUGUGACAAAAAAGCUGCAUAUGAAAGUCUGAUACUAGAUGGACUCUUCAUGGAAAUUCUCAAUGAGUGUUCUGAUGUGGAUGAGAUUAAAUUCCAGGAAGAUGGUUCUUGGUGCCCUAUGAGACCGAAGAAAGAAGCACUUAAAGUUUCAAGUCCACAAUGUACAAAAAUAGAAAGUUCAAGUGUCCUCAGUACCUGUUCAGUGACUGUGGCCAGUGAAACAAGCAAAAAGAAAGUAGAUGUUAUUGACUUAACAGUAGAGAGCUCUUCUGAUGAUGAAGAAGAGCCUCCAGCCAAAAGGAAAUGCAUAUUUAUGGCGGAGACACAAAACAGCCCAACCAAAGGGGUUCUCAUGUACCAGCCAUCUACUGUCAGGGUGCCCAAUGUGACUGCGGAUGCUGCUAUUCCACCUUCAUUAACAGAUUACUCAGUGCCAUUCCACCACACGCCAAUAUCAAGUAUUUCCUCAGAUUUACCAGGUUUGGAUUUUCUUUCCUUAAUUCCAGUUGAUCCACAGUACUGUCCUCCUAUGUUUUUGGAUAGUCUCUCCUCAACCUUGUCAACAAGCAGCACAGCUGGAAACAUCAUCACAUCCACAAGCCCCCAGGAAAGCAACACUCAUGUUACUUCAUCAAGUAGGAGUGAGACUGGGGUUAUAACCAGCAGUGGGAACAACAUUCCAGACAUAAUCUCCUUGGACUAAAAAGGACUCAUUGGACUACAGGAAUAAUUAGCCAGUGCUGCUCUUUCUUGCAUCUCUGGUCCAUGGAAUCUAUUUUAUUGCCAGUUAGUUUGAUAUUUAUUGAAAAGACAAAUGGAUUCUGUUACCUUCUGAAAAUGGAAGAGAAAAAAAUUAUGUGCAGCAAGAAGUAAAUUUAGCUUUCAAGGAUUUUUUUUUCUUAUUCAUUAAAUAUUCUGAGUAUCAAAUAUAUUCAGCUACAUCACCAUCUUUUAAAAAUUUCAGUUUCUUAUGUUGCUGGAUGGAUUCUACAAACUGAUUAAAACAAGUUUUUGGUUGUAAUACACAGCAAUAAAAUUAUGUAAAUAGUCAAAAACUUUUUUUUUCUAAUAAAAGGCAAUUAACUACUCUAGAAAAAAAGUAUGCCCACACAGUCUGUGUGAGAGUCUGCUUUGCUGAAUGAAUACUUUUCACAGACCUAUCCAACUUUGACAUGAGGAAUCCUUUUGAAGUGAUCCUGGCUUACUUUAUAUUUAAGCUGUUAUGACUUUUCACUUUUUAUCACUCAUCAAAGGAAAACAACUCAUUUUCCCUCAGAUUGUCAUUGACACUGUAAUAUUGCUGAUGAAUGCAAAAAUGAAAUUCUGGUAUUUGGUUUCUUCUUAUUAUAUAGAAAGAUCACUAUGCAAAUUCUGCCAUAGACAUAAUUGUUUUACUGUUGGUGGAUGUACAUUCCUGGUACCUCAUGCAACAUAUUGGGAGUUUUAUUUGUUUUCUCAAAAAGGGGGAAAAAUAUAUAUAUAUAGCUAUUGACUGAAAACAGUUCAGCCACAACUUUUGUGGAAUAGGGUGGAGGAGCUGGGUAAUAUUAAUUAAAUGUUAAGCCAAAAUGUUUUCCCCUAAAAGUUUGGAGAGUGGCUUGGUUAUUGGGAAGGAGUUGGAAAUGAGAAAUCUUUGUUUACAAUAGCUUUAUUUUCUCUUUCAUUUUAUGGUAUACGAUACAAGUACCCAUUAUCACACUUGAGUGCUCAGGAAGGCCAAACUAGCACUGAAACUUUGAUAGCCUCCACUUUUUUUUUCCCCCUGGCCCAAUAAAGUCAGUUUCCUAUAGAACAUUUGUUUCCUUUGUUUGGUUCAAAAUAAUUCAAAGAACUUGGUUUUCCCACUUGCUAAAUUUGCUAUCUUUGACUUGUCUUUGGAAUUAAUUCGCUUUCUUUGGAAAGACCAUCAUGUUUUUGGCUUAAUUUUAUUAACUUGAACAAUUUGUUGGUUCUCAAGGAUCUAAAUUACUUCAAAUGAUAUUCUUUAGUUUGUGUAUUCUUUUCCAAGAUAGUCAUUUUGCAUAGCUUUGAAUCUGAAUCUCUUCUUUGCCAUGCAGUUGACUAGUCUUUUCCUAAAACUAAGGAGCCUUAAUGAGUACUUGUAGACUCUUGGCAUGCUUUAACUAGUGUCAGAGGGAGAAGGGAUAGUUACUUCUUAGUCUGUAAAAUAGCUAAGCAUAGAUGAGUGACUUAUUUCAUAGAGUCAUAGAUCUAGAGCUAAUGGGCCAUCCAAUUCAACUUCCCCCUUAUUUUACAGAUGUGGAAACUGAGUUCCAAGGAGAGUAAGUGGCUUGCCCCCAAUUUUUUUCCACAUAGCUUCAGAAACUCAUAUCUGCCUCUUGUUGGUCUUUGCACUCACCAAGUAUCCUCUGCUUGUAGGCUUUGCUUUGUGGUUUCUCUUGUGGACUAUACUGAGUUUGUACAGACUUAAUUUCAGAUUGUUUUAUUAGAUUAUUUUUCUGGCCUUCAACUAGAUAGAAAUACCAUACUGAAGACGUGAAAUAAAAUGAAGCUAACACCAAUUGUUAUUCACAACUCUUAUGCUCUUUUAGCAGAUUCUCAUCUAUGUGGCAGUCCUGUUUAAAAACAGAAACUAAUAAUGCUUUUCCAAGAAGCCUUUUUGUGGCACUAUGCCAGAUGCUUCAGUUAUUUACAGCUGCAUUGUCUUGUCUGCUAACUUUGUAAUCAGAUAGUAAUAGUAUUCCAGUUUGUCUGACAUAAUUUGUUUAAUAAACAUAAUGUAUAUUAUUUUCAUUGUUACCUUUUAGAUGCUGACAUAAUUAUCUUUUCAUUUAACCAACAGGUUUGCCUACAAUAGGUUAAAAGAAAUGACUUCUGGAAAUUCAUAUUUGGAUGUUUCCUCUACAGUUCAAUCCUCAAUUUCAAAAAUUUUCAUUAGUGUUUUUCCUUUUUGCUGUUCUAUGUUAUUCUCUUUGGGUUCUUCACCUUCUGGAUGUAAUUUUUUUUAAUGAAGGAUUAUUCAGAGGCUAUCUAGUUCAAGCUUCAUUUGAAAAAUACUUAUAUCUUUUCUGCAUGUUCUGUGUCAGGAAAAAAAAAGCAUGGAUACUAAUCCUUCAAGAAGCUGGUGUUUUAGUUGGAAAGAUUAAUAAAUAACUCAUGGAAAAAGGAAAGUCAAUAUGACAGCAAAUAAUUGUGAAAUUGAUUUAGAACUUUAAAGAAAAGAGUGAACUUAAAGAAAAUCUGGAUGGAAGAAGUUUUAAGUGGUGAAAGAUUUCGGACAGCUUUUAAAUUAGAUGUAAAAGAGAGGAACAUCGUUUCACGAACCUUUAUAAGAAAGCACAAAAUAGGAAAUUUCCAAAUAUGUGUUCCACAAACAGUCAUGCUUGGAAAUCAGCUCAUUAGACUGGGAAGAGGAGUACAUAAGUUGAGUAUAGUAGCGCGGAGAGUUAAAAAGAGAUUGAAGAUGUUGGCUGGCAGCCUAAUAGAAGAGUUUACAUUUCAUACAUUAUGGAAUAAAAAGAGUCAUUUAAAGUUAGUCAUUCCUUGAUAGACUCUGGUAAUGCUGUUCCAGAAUGGAUUGAAAGGAACACAACCUGGGACAUGGGGAAGAUACUCUAUGAUAUUUGUGAAAGUGGGAUACAAACUGAGCUUGGAUUUUAUCUGAGAAUAGGGAAAGGAUUUAUUUUUGAGAUUCUUUAAAGGAAGAGUAGUAAUUGGAAACGUAAGGGAAAUGGACCAAAGAGACAAAGCAAGUUUUAUGACUAUGAUUGGAUGACUUAAGAAUGAGAGAGGCAGGGCCAGUUUUUAGGGGAAGACGAUAAACUCAGUUUAUAGUGACUUUUGAAUGAAGAUAGACCUGUUCACCAGGUAUAUUCCUGGAGCAGUUUAUAAAAAGAGUGAUGAGAUGGUUGUGUGGAAAUAACUAGUUGUAGCUGAAGAUAGGCAACUAGGAUGGAGUCAGCAUAAAAGUGAUGAAGAAAUGUGAAUUUAAAAAUAACUCUUUCUUAGGCCAUUGGUGAAAAUUUUUCUUUCUGAUCUCCAGUCUCUCCUUCUAUAUAACCUAUAUUAGUUGUGGAAUGAGAGUGAAGAGAAAACCACACAUUCUUCCACCCUGAGAUUUUUGGAAAACAUGAGGCAGAAUGAUAUUAUUGUAUGUUUCUAUUGUGGUAAAGAAGCUUCAUUUAGGAGGAGAUUCUUCCUUUGGAAGGGAGACUUGUUUUUGGUUUUUAAAGAAAGAUUGUUUCAAGUCCUUCCACAAGGGAGUGCUUCCAGGAAGUCCAGACAAGAACUUGACUUCUAAGACCCAAGUCAGAUGUAAACCACUGAACCUAAAUGGUGACACUAUUUAAUAGUGAAAAAAAAAACUUGUGUGAAUAUAAUGUUUAACCACUAGGAGAUUUGGUUCUCUAUUUGCUUCUUUGGUUGAGAAGGAACAAAGAAAAAAUAUCACGGACCAAUGAGAAGAGGUUUGUGCCUUUUUUUUUUUUUUUUUUUUUUUGGUAGGUAGUAGUUGUAAAAAAAUUUAUUUGCAUUAUGUAUUGAUUUACUUAUGUGUUUGCAAACGAAAUGGACAAUAUUUCAAUAAAAGAAUGUAUAGGGAGGCAAUUAUAGGUUACAUAAAAAAGAACUAGCCUUAGAACAGGAAGAACUGGUUUCAAGUUCUAUGAUAUGGAUUAUCUGUGCCACCUUGAUCAUGUUGCUCUCCUUGUUCUAGUCAACUUUUAAAUCUAUAAAGAUGUUGACGUAUAUUCAUAUAAAGGCAGGGUAAGUGAUAUUUACCAUUUAUCAGGCUGCUUAUGUUUUAAAGUAGAGGCCCUUCUUCAGGUAGGUCUUGAUUCUUUUGUAUGGUAUGCUGAUUAAAGAGCUGUGGUCUACACAAGAGGUAUCAAACAGACUUUCAGUGUUAACUUAUUUUAAAAAUAUAAUAAUAUUGGUAUUGUGUAUUUUGUAAAAUAUUUUCCAUUUGCAGUUUUUAAAUGGUUUAGCUGCACUUGGGAGUUAUGGGCCAUGUAUAUGACUCCUUUUGUCUAUACUAUAUCCCAAGGAAAAGUGUUCUGGUUUUCAAGGAAAAACCCUAAAUAGAAAAUUUUGAAUGGAAAUAUUGGAGGUCUCAAACCAUUCCUUGCCUAAUCCCAAGCCACAACCUUAAUAAGGUCCAGGAUUUUUUUUGGAGGGGAGGGGGAGUGGUAUUUUUUUGACUUUAGCCAAAUGAAGUGGCCUUUACCCACAAUUAUUUAAAUGAAAACAUUAAGCACUCACUCUUUGCCAGGUGGUCUGCUAUUUCCUACUGGGAGUCUACUUAGGGCAACCAGGUUGCAAAGAGGAUAGAUUAGUAGGUUGGAGUCAGAAAGAACAAAGUUCAAAUGUGGCCUCAAACUCUUACUACCUGUAUGAUCUUGGACAAGUCACUUAACCCUGUUUUACUCAUCUGUAAAAUGAGCUAGAGGAGGAAAUGGCAAGCCACAACAGUAUCCCUGCCAAGAAAAUCCAAAUGGGUUUAGGAAGAGUUGGGAACUACUAAACCACAUGAACCAUAUUUGGUAGCAGCAGCUUCUAAGAUACUUAUCACCUGUGUAAAUGCAUUUCCUUAACCUCAGGUGCUUGAUUUUCUGUGAGUUGGAAGGUACUUAAGAAACCCAGCUCUAUCACCUUCUUUUACAAAAAGGGAAACUGAUGCACAGAAAGGUAAAGUAAGUUGUAGACGGCCUCUGGAGGGUUGGAGAAUAAAGACAAACCCAAAUCUUCUGAUUCUCAAAAGCAUUUCAUGACAUUAUUCUACCUUUUUCUGCAACACUUAAGUGUACAUUUCUAUGCUGUUUUGCUAGCCCUCAUAGUUAUUUAGGAGCUUUUCAAUAACCAGCAGCCAUUCUUAUAAAGAAGAUUGCUGAGUUGGAGAGCAGAGUGCUCAUUUUUCUCCUGUGCACCUAAUAUGCUUCACAUAGUAUUGAGCUUGAAAAUACAUAUUGAUAUACACAUAUAUAUCCUGGGAGACAUAUCCUAUAUCCACUCUAUGCUUAGCCAUUUUCCCCAUGACUUUACAUAUAUCCCCAGCCUUGCUGGUUUAAUGUUUUAGUGACUAUCAACCUAAAAUUUCUUGUUCUCUUCAUUCUUUACCUGCUAAUGGGUUACUUUAGUAACCCUUAUUAUGUAUAUUUUUAUAUAUUCCAUUUAUAUAUUUCAUUGUUUCUUCUGCUGAUUAUUGCUGGAAAAUGUUCUGACAAUUGAUGUGACAUCAGCUGGACUCUCACUAUUACUCAGCAAUUUUUUCAUCAUUAAAUUCAACUGCUAUUGUAAUGUCCUUAUCUUUAAACUAGCAUUUACUAAGAACAACUAUUUCAGGUUUGCAAAGUAAUUUCUUUACAACAAACCUGUGUUUUGUAGGUAGGUAGGUAAAGUAGGUAACACAAGAGGAGGGGAAGGAAGUAAGCAUUUAUAUAGCACCGACUAAGGGCCAGGUUCUCCAGACCCAACACUUUAUCCACUGUGCCACCAAGAUAUUUCUAGUACAUGUAUUAUCAUUCUCUUUUUGCAAAUGAAAUAACAGAUUCUGAGAAGGUAAGUGAUUUUUUUUUUUUUUUUUUUUUUGCUCCAUGGUGUUAACUUAAAUGCUAAAGGUAGGAUUUGAAGCUUUUGUCUGGCAUUCUUUCUACCACUUCCUAAUGUCUGUCUUCCUUUCUCAAAUAAACAGUAUCCCUAGUCCAUGCUAAAAUGAUUCCUUCUACCUAUGUUCAUAAUUUCAUCUUCUCCUGCCUCCCCCCUCUUCCCCCAAAUAUUAUUCCACCAGUCACUAUUGCUCAUGCAUUUGUUUUCUCAGGUAAUGUACCCAACAUCCUGCAAGUAUCCAAUUCUUAGUAUUUCCCAGUUGCCAGUAAUAGCAUACAGGCCAUCAUUUUCUCUAUGUGAUUGAUUAGAUUCCUUUUUGAGGUCAGUAAUGAAGUGUCUAUGUCACUGCUUUAUAUGAGUCAUCUUUAAUAAUGUGCUACAGACUAUUUAUACCCACCAUUAUUUUUUCCAUUGCUCUUGGGUUUAUUUGUAAUUUUAGUACUUCUGACCUUAUGAUAUUCCAAUAUCAUAAUAGAAUCAUUGGAAUAAUAUUGGUGCUGCUGAUUUUUGUGUCUGAGGUAGUGAGCAGUUUGGGAUCAUUGAAAACAUGCAUACUUUCCUGAAUGCAAUCCAGCCUGACCUAUUCCUCCUAUUUGGUUCUGAGCCCAGUUCAUUUUACAUCAGAAGCAUAUAAGGUGAUGGGCAGCUAGAUGGCAUGGUGUAAAGAAAACUGGACCUGAGGUCAGAAGACUUGAAUUCAAAUGUGACCUUAGAUGAUGCUAACUUUGUGAACCUGGGCAAGUCUCUUAAUCUCAAUUUGCCUCAAUUUCUUAUGUAUGGUGAGAAUAAUAGUACUUAACUCCCAUAGUUGUAGGGAUCAACUAGGAUAUAAUUGUAAAAUGCUUAGCACAUAGUGGAAAUUUAAAAGUUCCUUAAAUGUCCACUUCUCUCUGAAGCAAAGGAUCACCUUUAUUAUACUAAGAUUUUGUCAAUGUUAUACAAUUACAAACCAUGUAAUGGCAAAGUUAGUGAAGACAUGAAAUUGAACAUCCAAACAGCAUGGGGAAGUGCAUUAUGGCCCUAUGCAGACUGCAAUACAGUGAGAAUAAAGAAUUAUGGAGAAACAUUUGUUAAAGGGCCUCAUCAAGGAAAUGUAUGAGUGAAACAGAAGCUGUGCUGAUUAUGUUGUGACAAAAAGGCAUAAUCAGUGGGUAGUUGGGGUAUAUUCAUAACCUCAACAUCAGGUGAGAGCAGUUUUUUCAUGAAUCAUAAUUUUUGACAUACAAAUGAGGGACACUUCUUGGGAUUUCCUGAAUAGAUUAAUAACUAAGUUUCAUUUAUUCAAGGAAUAGGAGGAUGGUGCAGUAUUGAAAAAUCAUAAGGAAUCACAUAAAAUAAAUAAAUAGCAUGAUUAUGCCAAUAGAUGUAGAAAAAAAUUAACAAUAUAAUAUUUCUUUAAAAUUCUAAAAGAGGCAUGGGAAGAAUAUUUUUUAAGAUGAUCUUUAAGACUAGGAGCCAACAUUGUAAUUUUACAUUAUAUAUAAUAACAAUUAUAAUUAGAAACUUUUUACAUAAGUAGAAGGAUUGUGAAAAUGGCCUUUCCUCCUAUCAUUUGAUGUAGUAAUAAAAUGCUAUUUCAGUAAAAUAAAAUGAUGGAAAUAAAGUCUUAACAAAGAAAACAUUUAUUUUUAAUUAUUUAUUUUCAUAAUUAGAAAAUUUUUUGUGGAUGCAAAAUUUUUUUCUUUCCAGCUCAAAUCCCAUCCACUGAAAAGGCAAGCAAUAUUAUAUCAAUUAUACAUGUGAAAUACUGCAAAACAUUUCUAUAUUAGUUAUGUUGUCAAAAAGGCAAAAAAGGUGAAGUGAAAAAAUAUAUACUUCAGUUUGCAAUGAAAGUUCAUUAGUUUUCUCUCUCUGGAGUUAGAUAGAAUUUUUCAUCAUUAGUCCUUAUCGCAUUGUCUUGGAUCAUUAUAAUCUGAGCAGCUGAGUCUUAGUUAAUAACUUUACAAUAUUGCUGAUUUUGUGUACAAUAAGCAGAACUCAUUUCACUCUACAUCAAUUCAUAUAGGUCUUAAAAGGUUUUUCUGAAGCCGUUCAGCUCAUCAUUUCAUAGUACAAUAAUACUCCACAAACAUGCUUCAACUUGUUCAGCCAUUCUUCAAUUAAUGGACAUUCCUUCAUUUCCAAUUAUUUGACACUAUGAAAAAGGCUGCUAUAAACAUUUUUGUACAUAUAGAUUCUUUUCCUUUUUCUUAAUCUUUUAUAGUGGCAUUACUGGCUCAGAGAUGAUAGGCAAUUUUAUGAGUUUUUGGCGUAGUCCCAAAUUGUUCAGAAUUGUUGAUUCAUUUUUCAACUUCACAAUGUAUUUGUGUCUCAGUUUUUCUACAUCUCCAAUGUUUGUCUUUUUCCUUUUUGACAUAUUAAUCAAUCUGAUGUGAAGUGGUACCUCAGAGUUGUUUUAAUUUGCAUUUCUUGAAUCAAUGGUGAUUUGUGGCCUUGUUUAAAAAUUGUCAUUAUUAUUACUAUAGUUAGCUUGGUUGUCUUCUGGAAACUGCCUGUUUAGAUCAUUCAAUCAUUUAGCAGUUGAGGAAUGGCUCUCAUUUUUAUAAAUCUGAUUCAGUUCCCUGUAUAUUUGAUAGAUUAGGCCUUUAUCACAGAAAUUUGUUGUAAAAAUCCCUCUCCCCCCUCCCAGUUUUUUGCCUUCCAUCGAAUUUUGGCUGCCUUAGUUUUGUUUGUACAAAAUCUUUUACAUUUCAUUGAAUAAAAUUUAUCUAUUAUAUCUCUUAA